AUGUCGUCGCCGGGGACGAGGAUGCGACCGGCGCAUGCCUUCAUGCAACACCUGCGAGGCUACAAGCCGCGGCCAAUUGGUGGGCAAAAGCAUACCUGUAGCAGAGACGACAAAGCGUCGACUGUUCCAAGUCCACCUCCGCCUACCCUUCCACAAUCGCCUCAAAACCCUGCCAACGAUAAUGAUCAGCCUGAGCUCCAAGGCGACCAAUUCGAGGAUCUGCUUGACCCUAUUCAACUCUUCGUGGAUAUUGCCGAUCUAGAGACACCAUCAGAUCCCUUGAUAUGGUCCAACGAUGUUGCUUUGAUCGAUAACCAUGCCGAGGACAUUGUUGAGCAUCAACUGAAUUCCGUUCCCGAGUCUUUCUCGGAGGACCAUUCUGAGAGGCUCGGAGGGUCGUUGGGGCUGCACCAUAUACUGGGCCCAAGUCUUGAUCUUUUGGGGAUCCCCGAUGAACUCAAAUUUAUUAUGCAGUACCAUAUCUGUGAAGUGGUGCCAAAGUUAUGCGUGGACAACCUAUCUCCUCAGAACCCGUAUCGCGAUUAUAUCCUGCCUCUCGCCAACGAGGUUCCAUCAUUACUUUACGCAAGUGCGGCGUUGGCAGCAUGUCAUUUCAACGUACGCCUCUCCACCAAUCAAUUCGAGCGCGAGUUUUUCCGUUUCAAGGGCAAAGCUAUGAAACGAUUGCAAGAGGAUCUAUAUUCCCAAACAAGAGCAAAACAUCCGGGAACACUUGCCACGAUCCUCAUGCUUUGCUUGUGUGAUCUUUGUCAUGGAGGAAACUCGGACUUCCAAUCGCAUUUUCAGGGAGCCAAAAGACUCAUUGAACUACGUCAGGAACGAACAAUCAGUUGCUUUGUGGAACAGUAUCUAGCAUGGCUUGAUGUCAUGGCAGCUGCUUCCCAUUCGAGACCCACAGUAUUUUCGUCAGAAGAGAUCAACACCAUUUUGGGGGAAUCGCAAGAUCGCUGGGGCUUCGAUACAAUACCUUGCCCUUCGGAUCAAUUCCAAAUUAUUUGCGAAAUUGUCACGUUAUACAAAAGCCAACUGGAUCCCGACAACCCUUCCAUUCAGACUCUGAAUCAAGUCCAGGAUAUCAAGCAACGGCUAUUACGACGCCCAACUCAUUGCGAUAAAGGCCCAAACUGGCUUCAUAUGACUGAAGCGUAUCGAUUUGCCAUUAUUCUUUACCUGCUACGAUUAUUCUCUCGUGACAUUGAUGAGUUUGAGCUGUAUUGGCUGGUUAGCAGUGUGCUUUAUCAUGCGAGAGCUACACCGCCAGCAUCGGGAUGGUCAGACCAGUUACUAUGGCCCUUAUUCCACGCUGGCCUGGAAUUGAAAGAUGCCAGACGUCAAGAGUGGGUUCGGGAACGAGCGAGGUGUAUGCAGAGCUCUGGGAGAUUCGGUAAUGUACAAAGCGCACUUGUUUACUUGAGGGUGCUUGGAAGGGACAGCGACCAGUGA